AUGUCUAAUAACGAGUCAAAAGCACCUGCCGACGCAGGUGAUAUCGAAGACGAUUACACCUACGAUGGCUCGGGCACCGAAGAUGACCCGUUCGUGGUAGAGUUCCAGAAGGACGACCCUAACAAUCCGAUGAACUGGGGCGAGUCCCGCAAAUGGUUCAUUACAGCCAUUGCAACUUUCUCUGUCUUUGCCGUGACCUUUACCUCCUCCGCAUACUCGGUGUCGGCAAAUGAAGUAUUGCAGGACUUUGAUAUCAGCACCGAGGUCUUCAUUGUCGGACUUUCUCUCUUUGUGCUCGGAUUUGCAAUUGGCCCUGCCCUAUGGGGUCCCUUGAGUCCAAUAGCUAACAUUGGAUCAAGAUCGGAACUAUAUGGAAGACAAAUUCUUUGGGUUGUCACUCAUAUCGCCAUUGUUGCCUUUUUAGGGGGAUCCGCAGGCAGCCAAAACGUGGCUACCCUCCUUAUCCUGAGAUUUUUUGCCGGCACAUUUGGCGGCUCACCACUAGUCAACUCUGGCGGAACAAUUGCCGAUCUGUUCCCGCCUGCUCAGCGUGGCCUAGCAUUGACUAUCUACUGUGUUGCCCCCUUUCUCGGUCCCAUUCUAGGGCCAAUUGUGGGCGGGUUCGUGUCUGAGAACAUCGGGUGGAGAUGGGUCCAGGGUGUCUGCGUGAUCUUCAUUGGCGUAGUCGGCAUACUGGGCAUCGCCUUCAUUCCUGAGACAUACGGCCCGGUUCUGCUUCAACGACGGGCACGUCAGCUUUCCAAGGUCGACGGAAAGGUCUACAUGAGUGUUUUAGAAAAGAACCAGGGGAAGAAGAAACCGUUGGAAAUCUUCAAGCGUGCUUUAUUCCGUCCCUGGAUCUUCCUCUUCCUCGAGCCCAUCGUCUUAGUAGCAUCACUCUACAUGGCUAUUAUCUACGGCACUGUCUACAUGUUUAUGGGCGCCAUGCCAAUUGUGUACAAUGAAGACCGAGGUUGGAGCGAGGGCAUCGGCGGACUGUCGUUCUUGGGAAUCGCUGUUGGCAUCAUAUUUGGGCUGAUCUAUGCUAUAUGGGACAACAACAGCCGCUACAUGAAGCUGUUUGCGGCAAAAUCUGCAACAGCUGAGUCUCGCUUGCCACCUGCGAUUGUUGGAGGUAUCGCCCUCCCCAUCGGCAUGUUCGCCUUUGGCUGGACCAACUACCCUAGCAUCCACUGGUGUGUCAGUAUCAUCCUAUCUGCACCGUUCGGAUUUGGCUGUGUACUUGUCAUUUUGCCCAUCAUGAACUACUUGAUCGACACUUACACCAUCUAUGCAGCCUCUGUCCUGGCUGCAGCUGCCAUCUUCCGGUCGGUCGUGGGUGCUGUGUUUCCCCUAUUCACGACACAGAUGUAUCACAAUCUGGGAAUUCACUGGGCGUCCUCCAUCCCCGCAUUCAUGACUCUCGUGUGCAUGCCAUUCCCGUUGAUCAUGUAUCGUUAUGGUGCAGUGGUCCGAAUGAAGUGUAAAUAUUCAUUUGAAGCAGCUGAGAUGAUGAAGAAGAUGCAAAUGCAGCAAACAGCUGCUAAUGCAGAGAACGACAAGGAUGGAGCGUAA